CAUAAAGAUUUAAAAGUUCUGAAAUCAAUAUUUGGUGGAAUAACUCUGGUUUUUAAUCACAGUUUUCAUGCACCUUGGCAUGCUCUCCUCCACCAGUCCUACACACUGCUGUUUGAUAACUUUAUGCUACUCCUGGUUCAAAAAAUCAAGCAGUUCAGCUUGGUUUGAUGGCUUGUGAUCAUCUAUCUUUCUUUUUAUUCUAUUCCAGAGUAUUCUGUUGCUGUGACCUCACCUAUAAUGAAUAACUAUAAGUGCCUGCAUUAAUUAGUGGUGAUUAUGAUUAAUUUGACCUUUUGAUUUGUUGCCUGAUCGCGUGGACGAAUCACGCGCCUGGGCUGUAGUGCGAGCUUCGCGUGGGCACGCGCAGGAAGCAGUAGCAGCAGCAGCAAAGAUGUGGCUCGCGGUCGGGCUGGUCUGCGCCGUUCUGGGCGUCUUUUUACUGCUCAAAAAUGUGCUGGGCUCGAGCGGACCGAACCCUUUUGAGUUCGACACCCGGGAGCCGCUGAAGCCGAUGGUUGUGGACAAGAAGGAGAGGGGCAAAGUGCUGAAACAAGGCUUUUUGGCAAGUAAAGUCCCUCAGAACCUCGAUGCCAUUGUUGUUGGCAGUGGAGUUGGUGGGCUGGGUGUUGCUGUUAUGCUGGCGAAGGUUGGAAAGAAGGUUUUGGUGCUUGAACAGCACGGCAAGGCUGGAGGAUGCUGCCACACCUUCUCAGAGAAAGGCUACGAGUUUGACAUUGGUAUACACUACAUUGGUGACCUCUUGGAGAACGAGCCUUUACGAUGCAUAUCGGACCAACUCACCAAUGGCCAGUUACAGUGGGCAAAGCUAGACAACCCUUUUGAUAAGGUGGUCCUGGGGCCUCCGGAGAAUCGACGCAUUUACCAGAUGUACUAUGGUAGAGACCGAUUCACACGGGAGCUGAAGAAGUGCUUUCCAGGGGAGGAGAAGGCCAUUGAUGAGUUUGUUGAUCUGGUUAAGAAAUGUGCUGAAAGUGUUUGGACAAUGGGUGCAUUGAAGCUGAUUCCUGCUCCGAUUGCGAAGUUCCUGGCCUACACAGGGCUGCUCAAUCGUCUUUCCUACUUCUUCCGCUAUGGCUCUUGUAGUCUAGCUGACGUGGUGAACGGCCUCACACAGAAUAAAGACCUUAGGGCUGUGCUCUGCUACCUUUUUGCCACAUAUGGAAAGGCACCCAAAGAGGCCAGCUUGUCCAUGCAUAGUUUGCUUUUCUGCCACUAUAUACCCGGAGCCUGGUACCCUAAUGGAGGGGCGAGUGAGAUUGUCUACAACAUGAUCCCCAUCAUAGAGAAGGCUGGUGGAGCCGUCCUGGUCAAAGCUCCAGUCAACCGUAUCCUCCUCAACAAUGAUAAGGAGGCCAUAGGUGUGAGUGUCAUGAAGGGAAGCGAGGAGGUGCACAUUCAGGCUCCCAUUGUCAUCUCAGAUGCAGGAAUCCUCAACACCUUCCAGAAGCUCCUGCCCAAAGAGGUGCAGGUCAUGCCAGCUAUCCAGAAGCAGCUGAGUAUGGUGAAGCAUGGUGUGGCGGGACUCAGCAUCUUUCUGGGUCUUAACGGAACAAAAGAAGAGUUGGGUCUCGAAGCCAAAAACUACUGGAUCUAUGCUGAGAACAAUCUGGAUGAGCUAAUGGAGGACUAUGUGAGCAAGGACAGAGAACAUGCAAUGAGAACGAUACCUACAGUUUAUCUGGCUUCACCAUCUGCUAAAGACCCCAGCUGGGAGCAAAGAAGGCCUGGUAAAUCCACACUGAGUAUGGUGAGCUUUGCCCCCUACUCCUGGUUUGAGGAAUGGAAAGAUGAGAAGGUGUCAAAAAGGGCGGCUGAAUAUAAUGAACUGAAGGAGGAGCUCAUAAACACUGUGUUGGAAUGGGUGUAUCAGAUGUUCCCCAAGACCAGGGGCAGGGUAGAGUACAUGCAAGCAGGCACUCCUCUCACUAACCAACAUUACAUAGCAUCUCCAAAAGGAGAGAUUUAUGGAGCUGACCAUGGCAUCCACCGCUUCAGUCCAGAAUAUUGCAUCUCAGUUAGACCACAGACCCCAGUCAAGAAUCUGUACCUCACAGGCCAAGAUCUGUUUGUGUGUGGCUAUGCGGGUGCCCUGGCUGGUGCAAUGGUCUGUGGCUCUGCGAUUCUAAACCGCAACCUUGACAAGGACAUCGCAGCCCUCUGUGAGAAACUCAAACAAGCUGACAAAAAAGCACAGUAAUGCCAGCAAUGCAAGAAAGUAACUGGGUGGAGUUACCGAUGACUUGCCAUGCUUUGCUAUUUAUGUAUAAUUUGUUGCACUAGAACUUUUUCACUGACUGAAACCCUUAUAUAGGAGUGAACCCAUUUUAAACCCUAGAAAAGGUUUUAACCAGUGUUUUUAAUGAUUGCCUUAAAAGUUACUUUAAAACAGUGACACACAUUAAAGUAGCGUGUAACAUAAAUAUGGCGCUAUUCUACUUGUGUAUGUAUGUAAGCUUAGCAAAUUUUGGGCAGGUUAGACAUUUAAUUCAGGUGUGCAGAGAUUAGUGUUUUACUGCCCUCAAAUCCACUUCAGAAAUUUUGAUGUAAUUGAUCGCAUCUUGUCUGGAAGGAAGCGAGUUUGACCCUCCAGGCCUUUUUCAUUAUGUGUUAUCAGUGUUGUAGUAUUUCCAUGUGCUAUUGAUAUAUAUAUAUAUAUAUAUAUAUAUAUAUAUAUAUAUAUAUAUAUAUAUAGUACCAGUCAAAAGAUUGGACACACCUCUUCUCAUUCAAUGUUUUCUUCUUAUGAUUUUUUACAUUGUAAAUUUAACAUUGAAGUCUAUAUUAAAGCUAUACAGGGAGACAGAAUUAUUUUUCAAACAAAACUUAUUUUUUAUAUGUUUUUAUACUUUUGAUUCUUCUAAGUAGCCACUAUUAGCUUUGAUGACAGAUCUACAUACUGUUAGUAUUUUCUCAGUGGCUUCAAGAGGUAGAGUCACCUGGAAUAGUUUUCUCAGCAUCUUGAAAAACAAUAGUUGCUGCUUUUCCCUCACACUGAGCUCCAGCUCAUCCCAAACCACCAUCUCAGUUGGGUUUAGGUUAGGGAAUUGUGAAAGGGAAACACUCUUUUAGUUUACUUUGUAAUUCCAUAUGUAUUUUAAUAUUUAUCUACAGUGUAGGAAAUAAAUUAAUUAAAGACAGUGUGUCCAAAUUGGCUGGUACUGUAUAUACUAUAUUACAACAUUUUCACAUGCCUUAAUCUAAUCAUAUCAAUUAUAAAUGCUGUGAGUUUGCUGUGAGUGUUUCUAAGGCUGAAAUUGUAUUUCUGAUGUCCUACUACAAUAAAACAUGUAAAACACCUUAAAUACCUUGAACAACUUGAAAAUAAAACAAAAUGUACACACUACUAAAUGCACCACUUACUAAAUUACAUUUAAAGCAGCAGUUUUUUUUUUCUUUUAAGCUGAAUCUGUUGUGUUCCUAAAUUGAGAGAGGGUAAGAUAUUCUGCCUAGACCAUCCCUACAACAUCCAAUAUAUUUGAUCUCUAAGAGUGAACUGGUAGGUUUGUUACAUUUUAGAUAGAAUUGUAAAUGAGCAAAAUAAACAAUAUACUCAAAAAUACAGAAUUCCACAGCAAUGUAUUUACAAUAACCUGUAUUAAAAAAAUCCAUAUACUCUGUGCAAUUACACAUUCUCACCAGGGAGGUCUUUAAAAUCCCAAAUCCCCAAAACUUAAAAAAGUCACAGAAAGGAGUGAGAGAUAAAGGUGAGUUGGGAUGCAUUAUAAAAACUCCACUGGUGGCAAACAUUGCAGAAUUCUAGGUUGCAACUUCUGCUGGCAAUAAAGAAACUUUAAAACCCAAAGAUUUGGACCUUGUAAGAUGUGUACAGUGGCCUUUUUGAUGGUAUGAAAUUGUAAACUUUGAAUUUUUGUUGCGUGUGAUUUAUGCCCAUAAUAUGUUCUUGUAAUAACUUACAUUAAUAGCUACAGCAGUAAUUCCAACAUUGCGCUAAAGGUCUGUUUGCAUGACUGUAACUGUCCUUAAAUUAAAAACUGCUUCUUUGCCA